CACCUUGCUUUAUUUUUCUAGCUUAUCCUCUACUGACAAUACCCUCUCACGUGUAAGUGAAACGUAGUCUCUCGGUAGGAUGUCCCAGUUGUAGAUGGGUGUGGUUUUUAUUCCGCGUGAGGAAUAAUAAUCUUGAGGAGGAGACAUAUCAUAUGUAUUUAUUUUAGCGGCGAUUAGGCGCUUCUUUUUGCCUGACUUUUACUUGAACACCUACAAUAUGCUUAAUAGUUUGUUUGGACUUGUUUAUCUGUCAGCAGUCUCGCUGUUAGUAAGUCUUACAGUGUGCUUUGCAGGUAUACAAGCUCAAUGUCCUGUAAAACUCAACCCACCGAGAGUUGUUGUGGAGUACGGCAGCUCUGUUUCAGUGGAUUGCAUCACUAAUAUCACAAAUGAUCUGAUGGGCUGGGAAGCCAAUGUAGGAAAUAAAUCCAUGGUCACAGACAAACUGAUCACCUGGAGCGUGUCUAACCUGAGACAAUGGGACAUACGGCCACAGUGCUACAUAAACUACAAUAGGAUGCCACCUUGUUCAACUUUUCUCCCAGUCACAGUUUACAAGACUCCAGAUAGUGUCUCCAUCAGCACAGUCGAACCACUAAUGAAGGAGUACUACCAAUAUGAGUUCCAUUGUGAUAUUGUGAAUGUGGCUCCAAAAAAAUUCACUGUGAAAUGGUUUAAAGGAGAAACAAACGUGGAUAAUGAGACCUUCAAUUACACCACCAAGACUCCAGUGAAUGAAACAUCUAAAUUUCAGUUCACUGCAUACAGAGAUGAUGAUGGAGCUCAGUACAGAUGUGAAGCAGAGCUGGAACUGGGAGCAGAUGGACCUCAACCUCCUCCUAUUGUGACAUCAAAAACUUAUCAGAUUACAGUACGGUAUCGACCAAAACACGAGGUGACCAUUGAACUCAUCAGUACAAAUGAUGGAGACAUCACUCUGAACUGUACAGUAGCGGCAAAUCCACCUGCUACUUACUCCUGGUACUCAGAGCAUUGGACAACGUCAAAAAAUUCAUCAGUGCUCACAUUCUCUACACUGACUCCAGGGAACUACACAUGCACUGCUACAAACCCUCUAGGACAAUCCACUAAAAUGUUCAUCAUCACAGGUGAGCGCACUACAUUCUGGACUAUUCUUAUUUGUGGCCUGGUGGCACUUGUAUUAUUGUUUGCAUUGUAUGCGAUAUACAAAAGGUGUAACUUUACCCAGAAUUCUGUCAUUUAAUUGCCCUAUAGUGACCUCAAAUUGGGAUCUUCUGAUCAGGGAGUUCAUGAACAAACUUGAUAUACAUAGUUUUAAAAUCAUACGAGGAGCUAGUCACGUGUGGACAAAUGAGUUUUGGUUUAGGACAAAUUAGUUUUGAUGUAUUGGUACUAACACUUUUUUAAAAUGUCAUUUAUUUGGGCAUUGUUAUAUUAAUUUUAUAGAAUCACUGCUUACUUUAGACAACUGCAUGACAUUUAGCUUCAUAGAGGUACUGUGUGUGGUGUGUACAGAACUUUUUUAAAGGUACUUCUUUUUUAAAUGUUAUAUUCUUGAAAUGUCAAAAUGUAUUUUUGUGUCUAUUAACUCAUAUUUUUACAAAUAAUGUGAGAAACAGGUCCUUUGUAUUGGCAUUUUGUUGCAUGUAAUAUAACAAUAAUUACUGUAAUAUUUAUAUAUAUUUAGGUUACAAAUUGUAUACUAAGAAAGUUAGCAGAAACCCAACUGUUCACUUUAAGGAGAAUAGAGAAGAUAAUAAAACUGAACUGAGAAAUGCAGAUUAGACCAGCAGACAAACCGUUUUAAAUACAAACUAUUACGGUUUCUAGUCUUCAGACUAUCAUAUGUUAAUCUUCAGAUUUUAUAUAAACAAUUAUAAAUAUCAUGUGGCAAUUCAAAAUUGCUUUUUUAAGACUGAAAGACUUUUCCUCAUGGAUUGGCGAGUUAAACUAGACACAGAGUUGGAUAUUUUUGCACAUAGGUUUUUUUGGGUAUUGGAAGAAAUUAUUUUGAAUUUUGUAGUUGUUAAAAUGCUCUUAAGUAAACUUGAUGAAUUAAACAUUUAUUUUACA